CCCCUAGAAUUGUUCUAUAGGUUAAAAAAAUACAUUUUGUGAAGUUUCGUGAUUGUCCAAUGAUUUUUUCACGUGCCGCAGAAGGGUUGAAAUUUAAUAAAUUGGGGUAAAAAUUAGUUUUUUACGUAUAACUUGUUAAAUUUUACUUGAAUCAAAAAAAUUUACUGAAUAAAAUUUGUUUAAAAAUGUAUUUCCUAUAAAAUAUGUUAUAUUAUUUUUUACUCUAUAUUGCAUAUUUAAUUGAAUAAUCAAUAAAACACAUAAAUAUGCCGAUUUUUCCCGAUUCUAAUUUUUUGCGUAAUUCAGUCUUUAUUAGCGUAAUCGACAAAUUUUUACAAAAUCUAUAUAAAUUAUAAAAUUUAGAUGUAAAAAUUAUGCACAAAUAUUGUUUAGUAAAAUAUUUUCUAAUUCUAAAUCUUAGUCUUUCCUACGAAUAAGUACAUUGUACAGCGUAAAAGUGGUUUAAAAAUCAAUCACUAACAUUAUGAUUUUAAUCUAGUUUGGGAAUUUUUUUACAUCAAGCUGUUUGUAUAAAUGUGGACUUUGUUCUGUCAUCUUAUACCGAACUAAAGCAUACGUUGAAAUCGUUUCGUUUAUUACGAUAACAUUAUUUUACUGUUAUUGUGAUAUCUCUUAUACAAUUUUAUUAAAAUUGCUAUUUCUAGUUUUAGUUCUAAAUCUGUUAGAGUUUUUUUUAUUUUGUAAUUCUUUUAAUAAUGGACACUAGAUCAAGGGACAAAAUUUACUUAAUUAAUUAUGAUGAAAAUCAAAUUGUCGGAUCAAAGUUGCCAUCAAAUAUUCAAGUAUUAAGGGUACUUUUUUACAAUAUGAGGAAAGUAAAAUUAAACUUACGAACCAGUGCUCAUUUGGUUAUUAAAGAAGUUGAAGUAUUCUGGGAGAAAGGAAGAAUACCAGUCAGAAAAUUUCAAAGGAGCAUCGACAAAUUGGAGUCACUGUAUUCAGAAUGGAGAAAUUUGAACAAAAGCUCUAAAAGGACAUCGUUGAACCACGAAAAUAAGGAAAAGGAUUUCAUUGGAAAAUUUAACGAAUUGUUCGAUAUUUCACAUGCAAAUGCCAUGGAAAUGAUGACUAUUGAAGAAGAUAAAUUAUUUUUGAUCUGUCAACGAGAUAAGGAAAGAAAAGGUUGCAUGGCUAGUUCAGAUUAUAACUUAUAUUUACAGGAAAAACAUGAACAAACACAAAAAAUUUUGAAAGAACAAAGAGAUUUGAAACUUCAAAAAUCUCAAUUUAUGUCCAAUGAGGUAGCUAUUUUAGACAGUAGUACAAGUAGUAUAAGUAGUAAUGAAGAAGCCAACAUGUCUUGUGAUGUUUCCGAAUCUAAUUUCAAUGAUGAAAAUGAACCUGGACCAUCCUGUUCAAAAAGAAAAAGAGGCAAACGACAGUUUAUUACAUCAAAACUUGUUGCCGCUUUUGACAAAUGUAAGGUAAGUGAUAGAGAUGCCGUACACUUGUUAAUAGCAACUAUAGAGGCUCUAAAUUUAGAUCCUAGUGAGUUGGUUAUUAACCGAACUUCUAUUCACCGUUGUCGUGAACUUCUAAGGACCGAACACGCACAAAAAAUUUUUGAGAAGUUUCAUGAAAAAAAUAUUAGAUCAGUUACUGUUCAUUUCGAUGGCAAAUUAUUGCCAUCACUAACUAGUAAUGUAAAAAUUGAUAGGCUACCUGUACUUAUAAGUUUCAAUGGUAAUGAGCAACUUCUUGGCGUUCCUUUUAUUAAAUCAAGUACAGGAAGAGAACAAGCUUCAGCAAUUCAUAGUUUAUUAGUAGAAUGGGAUAUUGAAAAUAAAGUUCAGGCUAUUUGUUGCGACACAACAGCCUCUAAUAUGGGGAGAUUACAAGGUGCUUGUAUUAUUUUAGAGCAAUACCUCGAAAGGGACCUUUUAUACUUACCAUGUAGGCACCACAUAUUUGAAAUAGUUUUAAGAAGUGUAUUUGAUCAAAAAAUUACUUUAUUUAGUGGACCAAAUAUACCACUGUUUAAAAAAUUUCAAAAAAGUUGGCCACAGAUUAAAAACUGUACAAUAAAUCCAGGUUUAGAAGAUAUUAUGGUUAAAACACAAUUAAACGGUUUAGAAAAUGAAUUAAUUUCGUUUCUAAUGGAAAAAAUAAAAAUUAAUCAACCAAAAGAAGACUAUAGAGAACUUCUUAAUUUGGCAAUUAUUUUUCUUGGCGGUGAUCAUUAUACAAAUAUUUCUAUUAGAUCUCCUGGNACCAAAUAA